AUGGCUACUUACAGCAUCAAAUCAGCCUUCAAGCUCAACAGCGGAUAUGAGAUCCCACUUUUGGGCUUCGGUGUAUACCAAACCCCUCUGCCUGAGACCGAGAAAGCCUGUCUAGAGGCUUUGGCGGCUGGCUACCGUCACAUCGACUCUGCCGCCGGCUACCGCAACGAGUCCGGCUGCGGCGAUGCCAUUCGAACCAGCAAGCUGCCUCGUCCCGAUGUCUUCUUCACUUCCAAGAUCCCAACCGGGAAGUUGGGCUACGAGACCACCAAGGCUCAAGUAGAUCAAAGUCUCAAGACGGCCGGUCUCGACUACAUUGACCUUAUGCUUAUCCACGCACCAUACGGAGGUUCGGCCAGCCGCAAGGGUGCCUGGAAAGCACUCGUCGAAGCUGUCGAGGAGGGCAAGAUUAACUCCAUCGGCGUCAGCAACUACGGUGUCCACCACCUGGACGAGCUCGAGAAGCACAUAUCGGAGCUCGAGACCGAGAGAGGUGGCAAGGGCAAAGGCGGAGUCAUCUCGGUCGGUCAGUACGAGAUCCAUCCUUGGUGCCCCCGUAACGACAUCAUCGACUGGUGUGCGAAACGCAAUAUCGCCGUCGAAGCCUAUUCGCCCGUCGUCCAGGGCACGCGAUGGGGCGACAAGACUCUCGCCAAACUCGCCGAGAAACAAGGCAAGUCCGAAGCUCAGAUCUUGCUUCGAUGGAGUUUGCAGAAAGGUUGCGUCCCGCUUCCCAAGAGCGUCACCCCUUCGAGGAUCAAGGCGAACGCCGAGCUGUUUGACUUUGAGUUGACCGGCGAGGAGAUGGGUGAACUGGAGACGGACCAGUACGCACCGGUAUGCUGGGAUCCUCUGAAGUCCGGUCUGGACGACUGA